ACGGAAGUCGGCGUAUUUGUGAGCGCGAUAAGAAAGUCGUUGAUGGUUGGAAUGCGGAAGCGGGACGCGGAUAAGCGAUGCGGUGGGGAAUAACCGUGGACUUGAUCGGUAACGCGUCGUGCGAUAGUAAAUGGCCUGAUGGCCGUGAACGUUGGAAUCCCGUGAAGCGAUAAAGUAGCGUAUCGCCUUAACAAUUGUUUAUUAAUACAAUCGUUCGUCUCCAUUAAUUGAACUAUCAUUUUAUUUUAUUCGUCAUAAUUCGAGGCUCGUCGAAAUGAAAAAGUAUCGCUACAUCGUGCUCUUACUUUUGCCACUUUCCUCCCACUCUCGGCUCCUCGAGAGUCGAAUGCUUCGGCUUUGAUUAUCUUGGAUCUACACUGAGAAAAUUGUUUUUUUUGUUUUCUUCAUUCAACUGGCAAUGUUUUCGGAGAGAAUGAAUCUGUAAGACUAUCUAAAACGGCAAUUUUCGUCAUUCAAUCAUUUUUAACCUUGCGAUGCGAUCACAUAUUUCAUUGGCACCCCGCAAUGCCAAAUUUCGUUGUUGCAAUGACUUUUUUCUCUCAGCACAUUAUUUACCGCGAAUUAUGUGGCACAAGUUACGAGCAAUGACGUCCCAUUUGUAUCUCCGUAAAAGCCCCCCAAGCACGGAUCCCAACAAAACUGCUCCCUAAUUCUAUUUCCAUAUUCCAUUCGUAUAAAUACUGACACUGGAGGGUGAAAAAAACACUGAAAAACAUCUCCCUUUUCCGUCCCCGUAUAUACACGCGGACCAUGACCGCGUAUCCAUAGACAGACACGUGUGGAUGCGUCGUCCAGGUGUGCAUGCAGAGAUAUUUAAAGUUAUUGAAAUUGAAGAGCGCGAGCGGAGAGUCCCAUACUGCUGUGAAAACGAAUGCUGCUCCAAACUAUCGAACUAUCCAAACUAUAUGGUCGACUAAUAUCUCUAGCAUGUUCUACGACCGCAUCACAUAUGUUUCCUGUUAUCGUCUCAUCCUCCAGGCUCGCAUCCUUCCCUGACAACGAGCCCAAAACCAGCAUCCAGAGGCUCGUACAUCGGGCGCGCAGUAAUUAAUGGCGUUGGAAGUAAUUGGACAGCACUCGCAACGCCACUUCUCCACACGAUCAUCCUUCGUGUCGCGUGGUGAUUUGUCGGUCGUAUGAAAGAGAAAGAGAGAAAGAGAGAAAGGGAGAUAUAACCCUGUGGAUGAGCACGUGGUUGAUCGUCUCCUCGUAAACUUGCAAUUUGUCAUCGUACAGAAGUGUCUCUUUAGCUCUCUCUCUCUCUCUCGCUCUUUUUCUCCUUCGCUUUGGCCUUCCGUCUCUGUCGCUCUCACCGAGGCACGUACGAUCCGGGCAGACUAGAAGUUUUCCCAACGCCUCGCGUAUCUUCCGAGUUCCACCUCAUCCACCCGCCCUUUCAUACUUCCUCUUUUCACUCUCGCUGGCUGCUUGCGCGAACGAAGAAAAUAUUUAAGAAUCGAGGGCGCGUGCUUCACUCCCCGUUGGCCCCUCCCACUGGCCCCGAUCCUGCCACAUUCUGCUACAUCCUUUCGGUAUUAUAUAUACUCUCUCGAUAACGCACAUCACUCUCUUUCUUCUCUUUCAUUUGAUCUUCCUUUCUUUUGUGCCUCGAUGCUCCGCAGCCAAAGGACAAGGACUCGACCUUGAUACGAAUUCAUGAAGGAAGAGGAUCAGCCAAUCGGCCCCGCGGAUGCCGCAGAAUCUCGGGAAUCUCAUCCGGAGCAGGCCCGGCGCGAUAAAUAAACGUCCGAGGAGUUGAAUAAUUAUGCCGAUCUCUGCUGGGAGAUAGCACCGAUGUUCACGAAGAUUUGUAACACGGUUGUUAUGUUAGAAAUAAAGGCUCACUCUCUACGUGGGAGUAUCGUGCCAGCUCUUCUCUUGCUGGUCGGUAGCUGCGCUCUGCAAUCGAGAGCCGCCGCAUUCCCCGACUGGACCGACUGCCCAGCGGUCUGCCGUUGCAAGUGGACGUCCGGUAAAAAGUCAGCACUCUGCCCCGACGCCGGCCUCGAGAAUUUACCAGCUACUUUGGAUCCUGACAUGCAAGUACUGGACCUCUCCGGGAACCGUAUACCCAGCCUGCAAUCGGAGAUAUUCAAACGAGUCGGGCUGGUUAAUCUUCAACGUGUUUUUCUUCGGAACGCUGGCAUUCACAAGAUCCACGGUGACAGCUUUCGCGGUAUGGGUAUACUAAUCGAGGUUGAUCUCUCGGAUAAUCACUUGAAGUCUCUCGAACCGGACACUUUUCACGGCAACGAGAGACUGAGGAUCCUCGUACUGAGUGGCAAUCCAUUGGUAACGCUGAGAUCCCACCAAUUCCCGGUGCUGCAGCAUCUCCGAACGCUCGAACUCCAGAGAUGUUCUCUAAAGGAGAUUCAUCCGCAAGCCUUUGCCCAUUUGGGAGGCCUCGAGUCCUUGAAACUCGAUGGGAAUCAGCUCGAAUACUUGGACAGCAGAGUUAUAACGUGUCUGAUUCGCCUCAGCACGCUCACCCUCGAGAGUAACAACUGGAUCUGCGACUGCAGACUCCGAGAUUUCCGCAGCUGGCUCGUCGACAAUAACGGUGUACCGAAAAAGAUUUACGGUACUUCGCAAAUAUGCCAAGGACCGUCGCGGCUCCGAGGGCGGCAUUGGGAGAGCGUCAAGCCGACGGAAUUCGCGUGUGAACCAAAAGUUUUCGUCCUGGCGAACACGAUGCAGGAAGAGGUGAGCGGGAAUCUGAGCUUGGCGUGUUCAACGACGGGGGAUCCGGAGCCAGAAGUUUCGUGGCAAUUGAACGGUGCGAGCCUCAACGCUAGCAGGGUCGAGCAGACAUUUUCCACCUCGAUAAUCAAUCAGUUCGAGGACGAUGAAUCAGUCCCCAAUAAAAUCAACGAGAAGUGGUACAACUUGACGAUUUACAACGCGAGCGAAAGCGACGCCGGUGAAUACGCUUGCUUCGCUAAAAACGUAGCCGGUACGAGUAGUGACGUCGUCAAUAUCGUUGUUCCCCGAGUCUUCAGCGCGCCGACUCUCUCACAAACGGACAAUUGGUACUUGUGGCUGAGCUUAGCCGGCGGUGGUGCCGCGGCCCUCUGCGCUUCCUUAUCGGCCGUUAUACUCGUGUUGUGCAUGUGCGGUACAACGAGACGCAAGAGAACGCGGGAAAAAGUCAAGUUACAGAGCAGCGGUAGCUUCGGUGACCAGGAAAAAAAACUGCUCGAUCUCUCCGUAACUACCACCACCGGCGGCAGUGCCAACGGCAAUGAUCGCAGCAGCGCUCGAGGCAGCUUCGCCGAAACUUGCAGCCCCGGUGAUCUCGAGUUGACCGAACGCGGCUCUAUCUGCGAUCCUAUCGCCGCGGCCACCGUCACCGUCGAACGUUUGAGGCCGGAGUGCAACGUACCGAGUGCUUUGCGCGCUAUUCCUUGCACGAAUGUGUUUCCACCCCCGCCGCCGGAAUUCACCACUGGCGUACUCCCAGCCGGUAUAUUUGGCAAUAUCUUUAUCUCCGUAUCGUUGCCGCAGGAUGGUGAACGCUGCUAUCCGGAUCUCCUAGAUAUUCCGGUACACUCCGGUACCAUUGCCGACAAAUUUAACGUCGAUCCGCACCCCCCCUCCUCCUCGAUGGUAUCGAGCUACGCUACGCUACCGCGCAGAUCGUUGAGAUCCGCGGAUCUUUCCUCACCCUAUGACAAUAUGGGACCUCGAGUGACAGCUACCGGAAGCUCGACCUUCUCGUUGACCGAUGACCUGCGCUUGUCUCCGCCCCCGCCACCGAGAAUCAUCAAACCUCCGAUCGAAUUCGUUUCUCUGUGAACACCCAAGUCACAUCGGUCAUCGCUGCUACUCAGCCGUAUUUCGAGUGCGUUUUACCAAACUUAUUUAUAAACGCGGCGCAAUCCCCGUCGCUCGCUUGAAACAUUUUUACUAUGCCCAUUUCUCAAUACCAAAACAUACUCAUUCGCCCAACAAAUUUAUCAAAUUUACACCCUCGUUUCGCCGUUCAAUAUCAUUACACAUCGUGGAUUGUUUAGCAGAGGUUACUACUUUUUUAAAGCGCUCGUCUCUCGACGCCUCGGUUGACGGAUACUCUGCUCUUUCGCAGGCCUAAAUUUUUUAUCGGAUUUGUCAAUCAGAUGUUCGAUUUUAGCGUAGACUCGGAGGAGGUACGACUACGUUGGUCAAUACAAUAUUUCAGAAUACGCGCUCCACGUUCUUUUCGCCGGUAAAUUAUCUUUCGGAUUCUCCGAGGAUAUUCGAUGUUCGAUCAUCAAAAAAAAGUCGAAAAGAUGAAAUACUUUUUUUCUUAAAAGCUGCGCACAUUCUCAUCAAAUACUAAAUACGAUGUUUAAUCACCUCCAUUCUUCGUAGUCGACAUUAUUGCGUAUGAAGCAUAGCCCAAAAUUUCAGAAAUCAUGGCUCUUUGGCGAACAUCAUUUAAAACAUUUUCGUACGGUGCCUGCUUUUAGAAUAAAAGGAGAUGAAAAUUUCACGAGCAUUUUCUCACGUUCCAGUUCGCUUAUUUUCCGUAGAAAACUGUGUUCGUCGAAUAAUUAUGAACUCGGUGAAAUGUAAGAUUAGAGAAGUAGUCGUACCCCUUCACACUUCGUAACAAUAAUACACUGUAUAUCUGAAUUUUUUACACUGGCGAAUUCAAGGAGUAUCUGUCAACGGUUUGUAUGAAUAAUCAAAAAUAAGAUCUCAGCAAAGGUGGGCGAACGAUGGGAGAAACAGGAGAAUGAAUGUAGAGAAGCAGCUUCGAUAACUCGUCAGAUUAAGUUGAGUAUCAAAGAGCAAUCCGCUACUGUCAAUCGUUGCGCGUAUUUCAAACAGAUUCUCUGCUACGCGAACAAAGAUAUAAUUACUGCUUGUUCGUCGAUAAAGAGUUACGAAGAGGAAGGGAGAAACUUUUUUUUUAACUAUGAAACUCGUUCAACUGAAGCCGCGGGGCUACCUUCAAAAAAUGAUUUAAAACUUGAUAAAUAUACGAAGCAAAAAAAAACCAAAAACCACUGAGAAAAUCAAAAGCAUUAAAUACAUAAGUUUCAUCGCAAAAUGAUAUAUAUAUAUAUAUACACAGAAAUGGAGAGAAAGAUAAAAAUUGCCGGUCCCUUUUUUGUCUGCGUGUGAAUCGCCUGGUUGUUUGACUCCAACUUUUUGCUUGAGUGUUAAAUAAGAGCGUGCGUGUGAACGUAAGAGACCGAGAGCGUAAGAGUGAAAGAGAAUCACUUUCCCUCCCCCCUUAUACCAAAAAUCCCAUUUUACGAAACUUUUACCUUAGUCGCUAAAAGAGCAUGAUCGUCGGGAGCCAAUGUAAAUAUUUUCACGUGAAAAUUCUUCGUACUUUAACGAUUAAACUUUGCCCUCGAGGCGAGAAAAACCGAGAGAGAGAGAAAAACUCUUGCGCGCAGGAGAACGGGAACAACUUAAUUUUCCGCUUCCGUUCUCGCUCAUGCGAAGGAGUUAAAAGAUAAAAUAACUGAAAAGAAGGAUGGAGGAGCAGGAGGAUGAGAAGAUGAAGAAGAAGAGAAACCCUUGUAUCACUAGUUUGUUAAAAUCCUUACCUGUGUAAAUAUUUGUUAUAUUAUAUAUGAAAAAGAAAUAACAAAAAAAAUGAUAUCGAACAUCCAAUAACGCGUAGUGAGGCUACAUCACACACGCGAGUACGUAGAUACGAGAGAAAUAACGAACAAAACAAAACAAAAAUCAUAAAUCGGUAUUUAUUAUGAACGCUUUGUCAAUUAAUAAAACCAUUGAAUUUUA